AAGACCGUGAGAGUCCACCCCCAGGAGUCCCCAUUGCAGAGUUUUGAUUCCAUAUAACCCCGUCCAACAAAAGUUGACAACAUGAAUCCCUCGAGGGCUAUAAAAAGCCAGAGAAAAUUUGAAAAGGGGAGAAAGCGGAAGUGGGAUCAUGGUGUGAACUCUGCUCUGGGUCAGUGUGAGCACACAGAGGGGGGGUCCUUGAAAGCCGGUCUGUGUGGGGACCAUGAGAUCCAGACCAAAGCUCAGAGGCUACAGCAGGACACAGCACACUCCGUUGGACCUGAUCCCAGCGUUAUGUCCAUGACGACAGGAUCCAUCAGAAUAAAUAUUCAUCUGGACCUGAAUCCAGCGCUGUGUCCAUGAUGAGUGAUUCGUCUAAAGAUAUUUACCUUAAUUUUAAACAGAGGAUCCAUCAGAAUAAAUAUUCAUCUGGACCUGAAUUCAGCGCUGUAUCCAUGACGAGUGAUUCAUCUAAAGAUAUUUACCUUGAUUUUAAACAGAGGAUCCAUCAGAGUACAGAAUCAUUUGAACCUGAACCCAGCGAUAUCUCUAUGAGUGAACACUCAAUGGGACUUCGCACCGAUUUUAAGGAACUUCAGCUCUCUGUUCAAAAGAGAGUGAAGCACCAGAGCUCAGAGGUUCUCAGUGUUCCAUCAAUGAGGCACGAUGAAACCCAGCUGGAAGCUACUGUUAUGGAAGCUGUAGUUGGAAAGGAACCAGAACAUCUGGAGUGUUGGAAUAAGGACGAGGAGCAGAUGAGGAGCAGCAGAGAAGCUUCUGACCUGGCUGACUGUCUGCAGAGCAGAACUUGUGCUGAAGCUUAUCGGCAGAAACACAAAUCUAAUCUGAAGCAGAAGUUUCAGCCUAUGUUUGAGGGGAUCCCGAAAGCAGGGAAGGUGACUCAUCUGAAUGAGAUCUACACAGAGCUCUACAUCACAGAGGGCGGGGUUUCAGAGGUCAAUGAGGAACAUGAGGUCAGACAGAUUGAAACAGCAUCCAGAAAAACAAAUACAAACGAAAAAACAAUCACAUGUGAAGACAUCUUCAAAGCCUCAGCUGACACACAGCCACCAAUCAGAACAGUGCUGACAAAGGGCGUGGCCGGCAUCGGGAAAACAGUCUUAACACAGAAGUUCACUCUGGACUGGGCUGAAGGCAAAACCAACCAGGACAUCCACUUCAUAUUUCCAUUCACUUUCAGAGAACUGAAUGUGCUGAAAGAGAAAAAAUUCAGCUUGGUGGAACUUGUUCAUCUCUUCUUUGCUGAAACUAAAGAAGCAGACAUCUGCAGCUUCCAACACUUCCAGGUCUUGUUCAUCCUGGAUGGUCUGGAUGAGUGUCGCCUCCCUCUGGACUUCCACAGCAGUGAGAUCCUGACUGAUGUCACAAAGCCGAGUUCAGUGGAUGUUCUGCUGACAAACCUCAUCAGGAGGAACCUGUUUCCCUCUGCUCGCCUCUGGAUAACCACACGACCUGCAACAGCCAAUCAGAUCCCUCCUGAGUGUGUUGACAUGGUGACAGAGGUCAGAGGCUUCACUGACGAUCAGAAGGAGGAGUACUUCAGGAAGCGAUUCAGAGAUGAGGAGCAGUCCAGAAGAAUCAUCUCCCACAUGAAGACAUCACUAAGCUUCCACAUCAUGUGUCACAUCCCAGUCUUCUGCUGGAUCACUGCUACAGUUCUGGAGGAUUUGCUGGAAACCAGAGAUGUACCAGAGCUGCCGAAGACCCUGACUGAGAUGUACAUCUACUUCCUGGUGGCUCAAUCCAAAUUGAAGAUGAUCAAGUAUGAUGGAGGAGCUGAGACAGAUCAACUGUGGAAUCCAGAGAACAGGGAGAUGAUUGUGUCUCUGGGAAAACUGGCUUUUGAGCAGCUGCAGAAAGGGAACCUGAUCUUCUAUGAAUCAGACCUGACAGAUUGUGGCAUCGACAUCAGAGCAGCCUCAGUGUACUCAGGAGUCUUCACACAGAUCUUUAAAGAGGAGAGAGGUAUGUUCCAGGAGAAGGUGUUCUGCUUCAUCCAUCUGAGUGUUCAGGAGUUUCUGGCUGCUGUUUUUUUCUGGCUUCUGACCUUCACCCAGUCUGGAGUCAAUCUUUUGUCACAACAACAAAUAGCAUCCAUAAAGUCUGAAAUAUUUCAAGAUAAACCUGAACUAACACUUCUCCACCGGAGUGCUGUGGACGAGGCCUUAGAUCCAAAUGGACACCUGGACUUGUUCCUGCGCUUCCUUUUGGGUCUUUCCCUGCAGACCAAUCAGAUUCUGCUACAAGGUCUAAUGACACAGACAGACAAAACUUCAGAGACCAAUCAGGAAACUGCAAAGUACAUCAAAAAGAGGUUCAGUGAUGAUCUCUCAGCAGACAGAAGUCUCAAUCUGAUCCACUGCCUGAAUGAACUGAAGGAUCAUUCUCUCGUGGAUCAGAUCCAAGAGUGCCUGACUUCAGGAAGACUCUCCAGAGUAACUCUUUCUCCUGCUCAGUGGUCAGCUCUGGUCUUCAUCUUACUGGCAUCAGAAAAACAUUUGGACUUGUUUGACCUGAAGAAAUAUGAACCUUCACAUGAGGCUCUUCUGAGGCUGCUGCCAGUGAUCAAAGCUUCUCAAAAAGUCUUGUUAUCAGGCUGCAAUCUGUCAGAGAGAAGCUGUGAAGUUCUGUCAUCAGUUCUCAGCUCUCAGUCCUCUAAUCUAAGAGAACUGGACCUGAAUAACAACAAGCUGCAGGAUUCAGGAGUGAAGCUGCUGUCUGCUGGACUGGCGAGUCCACACUGUAAACUGGAAACUCUCAGGCUGAGUUUCUGUGAUCUGUCAGCGAGAACCUGUGAAGUUCUGGGGUCACUUCUCACCUCUCAGCCCUCUCUAAGAGAACUGGACCUGAGUGACAACGAUCUGCAAGAUUCAGGAGUGAAGCUGCUGUCUGCUGGACUGCAGAGUCCACACUGUAAACUGGAAACUCUCAGGCUGUCAGGCGCUCUGAUCACACAGGAAGGCUGUGCUUCUCUGGCCUCAGCUCUGACCUCCAACCCCUCCUAUCUGACAGAGCUAGACCUGAGCUACAACCAUCCAGGAGACUCAGUGAAGCUGCUGUCUGCUGGACUGGAGGAUCCACACUGGACUCUGGACACACUCAGGGUGGAUCCUGAUGGCGUCCAAUGGCUGAGACAAGGUCUGCGGAAGUAUUUCUGUGAACUCACUCUGGAUCCAAACACAACGAACAGAAAACUCAAACUGUCUGACAACAACACAAAGGUGGAACAUGUGUUGAAGGACCAACCGUAUCCUGAUCAUCCGGACAGAUUCCGAUAUUGGUCUCAGGUCCUCUACACAACUGGUGCCAGUGGCCGAUGUUACUGGGAGGUGGAGUGGAGGGGAAAGGUCGACAUUGCGGUAACUUUGAGUGGACAGUGCACCGACUCCAGGUUUGGAUCUGAUGAUCAGUCCUGGAGGCUGUUCUGCUCUGAUGAGGAGAAUCAUUACUCCAUCUGUCAUAAUAACAGAAAAACAGAGUUUCGUCAUUGCUAUUCGUCAUCUCACAGAGUAUCCGUGUUUGUGGACUGUCCAGCUGGCACUUUGUCCUUCUAUGAAGUCUUCUCUGAUUAUCUGCUCCACAUCUACACCUUCAACUGCACAUUCACCAAACCUCUUCGUGCCGGGUUUGGGUUCAGGUUUGGUUCCACUGUGUCUCUUUGCCGGCUGUGGGAUGAGAAAUUCUCCUCCUGUGGACUCAAGCACACUUCAGUGUGGACACCAUCAGUUUCAGAAUCAGAAGUUUAUUGCCAUUGCCAAUGAACAGGAUUC